AUGAAGAAGACCAGCCUGGACCUCCAAAAGCCGACAGCCAGGAGUACAGUGCCUGGUGCACCGAAGGAGCUCAAUUCAAUUAAACUGACUCAUAGAGGCUGCAUUGCUUGCCCUGUAACAGGCAGCUCCUCCAAGUUCAGCGCCGAGGCGGGUCGAGCCAAGAAGCGAGGACCCGGGGGGUGGGGGAGGGUGGGGGCACGGGGCCGCCAGGCAGGUGGGACAGGGUGCCGACUCGCCGCCCCCCCAGGACGCCCUGCAGGGCUGGCCAUUCAUUCUCGCCCGCGCUCCCUCGGCCCGCCCGGCCCCGCGCCUCGCCGCUGCCGGCCUGCGAGGGGCGGUGGGGGGCAGGCAGCAGCAAAGCCCGCUCCCAACUUGGCCCGUUCUCCCCGCUCACUCGGAUCCCCACAUCCUCCUCUCCCUCUGCAGACAGCGGGCGGCCCGCGGCAGACAAGGGAGUGGUGGCGGGACCCUCCCUGCCACCCCGCUAAGCCGCUCCACCGGGCGCGCCGUCCCUCGCCGGAGCCCCAGACACAAAGGCGGGGCCGCGAGCCGGCUCCCCGCUCCGGGAAGAGCCUCCCGACUCGCGGCGCCGCGCACUCACCCCAUCCAGGCGGCGGCGGCGGCAGCUCCCGGGCCGCGCUGGCUGCGCCACUCGGCCCGCCGCUUCCCCAGGAAAACGCGGCCGCCGGCCUCGCUUCCUGCUCGGCUUCCUGCGCCUCGGUCCCUCCUCCUCCCCCGCUGCGGGGGUCAGUGGGCGCCACGGCUCCCGGGCUGGGCCGGCGGGGCGGGGGCAGCGGCAGCACCACCACGUGGCCGCCCGGCGCCGGCCCCCGCCGACCUGGAUCCAGCAGGAGCGAGAAGGGAGGUGCUCGCCUCUCCCCUCCCCUUCCACCCCGCGCGGCCCCAAAUUCCGCGAGUCAGGUGACCCGGCCCCGCGCUGCGGCCGGGACCCGCGGGGGGUGCUGCGGCCGUUCCCUGCGGCCGUUUCGUUUUCCCGGGAUCGUGGCCCCUUCACCGCGGACGUGUCCCAUCAUCAUCACCGUCACCUGA